AAUUUGCAAGGCAACUGAAUAUUUCUUUAGCAUCAAAUUACAAUAAUUGCCGACAGAGCAAUAGUUUCUUCGUGCACACGAGAGGGGGACUUUUAUUCCCACUAGGCUUUAUUGCCGCUUAUUGACUGUAUAGCUUGAGCACCUGGAUCAAGGGAAAUUCCUUCGCACGCCAGCUUUACUUUCGUGAGGGCGGCCUCGGGCAACUACGGGGCCGUCAAUUAGUCUGCUUGCUAUACCGAACUAUAUCAGAGCAAGGCCUGGCAUCCUAGGUCUGGAGAGGCGCUCGGCGGAGGCUGGGGCCGAGCCGGGGCGGACUGGACUAACUAGCCAGUGCGGUCAGCUGGCAGGAUGGAAGCUCAAUAUGCAGCUGUGUGCCAGGGCAUUGACACAUUGCUGGCGCAGCUGCAGCAGGAGGGCAUACUCGAUGAACAGUUCUCGCAGCUGAUGGCUCUUCAAGACGAAACAAACCCCGAUUUCGUGGCGGAGGUCGUGCAGCUAUACUUUGAGGACUCUGUACAGAAGAUUGAGCGCAUGGGCGCCAUGCUGACCGCCCCCGCCCCAGACUUCAAGGAGUUGGACCAGCUUGUGCAUCAGUUCAAAGGUUCCAGCGCGAGCCUGGGUGCAGCGACCAUCGCCCAGUUGUGCAUAAAAAUGCGAGAAGGCUGCCAAACGUCUAACCAGGCCAUGUGCGCAGCGCUACUGGGCCAGCUGCGGGACUCCUACCUGCUGCUCAAAGGCAAGCUGGACAUGUUCAUGGCGUUAGAGCAGCAACGAAAGCAGCUGCUCGCUGCCAUGGGGAGAUGAGCGCGCUCGUGCCCGGAGUUAUGGGGCACGGCACGCAUGUCGCUGGCGCAUCGGAAGCUGUGGAAGCACGGCGGCGGCGCGGCCACCUCGGCCAGCUCGCUGCUGCCUGGCUGAGCUGGGCGGCUGGUCUGCACAUGUCAUGUGCAAGCAGUUAUGGCGGCACAGCUGCUGGGUAGUUGCGCCUGUGGUUUCUGGCAUGGCCUGUCCACCACUCACAACGAACGAGAUACUAAACAGCAUGUAGCGUCUUCAUGUAAUGCCGGGACAGGCAGGUGGCGAGUGUGGUGUUAGGGCCGUGUCGAUGCAGCGUGAGGGAUCGUUGAGGUCCGGGCAGUGCAGCAGUGCGGGCGGUUGGGCGGAUGUCGUACAAGGUGCUGAGGCAGCCUGCGUGCCUGUGCAGAGCCAUCUUGGGAUGCGCAUGGGCGCCUUGCACACGGGCGCGCCGCGACUGCUGGCUUACCAGCACAGUCGUUCGCGAUGCGUGGGUGUCCAUUGCGCUUGGUAGCGGGGCUGGUCUUAAGGUCCCACAGCGCAGCAUCAAGGUGUGUCGGUGUUGGGUGGUUGUGGGAAGCACAAUGAGGUUGCUGUUGCUGCAUUAGUCGAAUUGUGGCCGUACAUGAUCGUGGCGCUGCUAGUUGACUACAGCAUUAUGCAUUCGCUGCACCUGGACGUUGCCGGCACGAGAAGGCCAACUCUAGAGACAUAAGGAGCGGGGUUCAAAGGGACUGAAAGUAGGACCAGGUAAAUAGCGAACAGAGGAAUCAAUCGUGUUUGUGUUGCCGGGCUGUUCCUGCAAUCGACUGCACAGGACUGCGUGAAGCCAGUGUUCUUCUGCUGCGUGAUCGUUCUUGCGCAGACAUGCAUGUCGGGGUGUGCUAGACAGGGAGUUGUGUGCCUAUUCUGUGGGCGCAGGGCUAAGCGUCUCGCAGUACGCGGCACUGCCCACUGAAAUGCUCGAGUGCCUUCCUUACGGAUGCCUAGAAGCAACUGGCACGCAGUGUGUGUUCGGGGCCAGGGCGCCAAGGUCAUUCGAUUGUGCUGUGGCCUGCGUGUGCACGCGUGCGUGUGGGGGUGUUAUGUGUGCGAUCCGUAUUGGACUUUUACGCAGAUGGUGGUAGCGACUAGUGACCGUGGUUGUUCGGGAUGGGGUCGAGACCUUCAACGUAUCAUGGCAAACCAAGUUGUCUACGUCGUCGGUGGUCUUUCUGUCUGGGGCAAGCUGUAGCCCUGAACACGUGCGCUUGCCUGCUGGACUUGCCAGUACGGUAGUUGCUGAGAGUUGGUGGUUGCUUAGCUGCGCGGUAGCUUGAGGUUUAAGAGCCAGGCGUGCUACGUGUGGCACCCGCCAGCGCUCAGUCCAAACACGGUGAGGAGAAGUGGAUGCAAGUCAGACAACUGCAGUCCUGCAAGGCCGGACUGGGCCGUUUCGGACGGGCCCCCCGGUCCGUGCUCGUGCAACUCAAUGCGCUGUGCUUGUGGUGGACAGCGGGACGCGGCUGGACACAUGGCGGGCGGUGCCUGUAUGAACCGGCUCCGGCUAUGUCCGGGAGAUGAGGUGGUUUCGGAACCUUCGGCCGCAGACAUUGCACCAAAUUGGCAUGGGCACAGCGCUCGUUCCCUUGAGAGGGAGAGCCACCUUUCUUGUCGGACGGGCCUAGACACGCAGGGCUGUGCUUUGGAUAUCAUCAUGUAAACGAAGCCGUACCAAACCGGCUUCAUGACGUGCAGGUCGGAGCUAAGACCAGGACGUGCAGAUCGGAGCUUUGAACAUGUUCGGCUACGGGGUGCUGUGUUCGACUAUCUUGUUGCAAGGUGCUACCGUUUUGGGUGUGGACGACCGCCAAGCCUGUAACUUGCUCGACUU